UUGUAUCAGCUGGUGUGUUUGUUUACCUAUUCAGUUUUGCCGGGUUUGCACGUGAAAGCAUUUAGUAGCAUCAAAGCACUACAAUUUGUUGUAUAUUUUAGUUGACUCGCACUCUAAACCGGCUUAAAAUGCUAGAAAAAUCAUUAAUGCUAUCGAAAUUCAGAGGCAGUCUUCUGGGUGCACUGGUAGGCGAUUGCUGUGGAGCACCUUUCGAAGGUCAACUCAUGGACAGUGGAGCAAAAUUGAUUUUGAAGAAAAACCUCGACAAACUAGAGGGACCCGCUUUCAGUGCACCGUACAAAAAGUAUACGGACGACACGGCAAUGACUAUACAGACAGCGAAAACGUUUCUCGACCCGAAUGGAUACUCGCAGAAGCUGCUGGCGAAGAAUUAUGUUGUCGAGUUCUUUAAAGAACCCAACCGUGGCUAUGGUGCGGCAGUAGGAGAAGUGUUUCGGAAACUAAGGCAAACCAAAAUAGCCGACCCGACGUGUCCCGCCAUGGCUCAGUUCAAUGGCAGCGGAUCGUUUGGGAAUGGUGCAGCAAUGAGAGUGUCGCCAGUUGCUUUAUACUGCGUGAAUAAGAGCAUCGACGAACUUGUACGACUUGUGAAGGAAUCGUCCGAAGUAACACACACCAACGUGCUAGGUGUGAACGGUGCCAUCCUGCAAGCAUUGGCCAUCCGACAGAGCUUACUGUUGAAUCCGAACGAUCCGUUCUGCUGGAAAACGUUUCUUGCCGAGCUGAAACAGCAUAUGGUUGACAUAGAGAAGGAAAACGAUCCCGAUUUGGAUGCAAACCCGAAUGCGUACGAAAAGCAGCUGCAGAAUAUGGAAAAACUGCUAGACAACACGGUCGAACCGUCCGAUGAGAAUGUGUUGAAUUUGUUGGGACACAGUGUGGCAGCAUUAUAUUCGGUCCCGACAGCAGUGUACUGCUUUUUGCGACACACGCAGGAUUUGCUAAAAGACACGGACCGUAAAUCGUUCCGCAAUACACUAGAAUACGCCAUCUCCCUCGGUGGAGAUUGUGAUACGAUCGGGAGUAUGGCCUGUGCAAUAAGUGGUGCCUAUUAUGGUGAGACUAUAAUUUCAUCCGCAUUGCUGAAGCACUGUGAAAGUGCUGAAAGUGUGGCUGCCCUCGGUGAGCAACUGUUCGAAGUCGCCGGUUCACAGUAAAGUAGACACGUAUGUAUUGAUCACAUCUAAUUUAGUAUGCCCUGAUAGUGGUGUGAAAAAUAAAUGAACGCACGCAGCUGUCUUUUAUCUAAUUGCGAACCCCUUCUUA